CUGCGAGGCUCCUCCGUCCCCGCCUUCCACAGCGUCCGUGCCUUCCGAGGAGCUUCCGUGUGUCUUCCACUUCCAGAAAACUUAGAGAGGAAAGAUGAGCGAGAUGGAGAUGGAGAGAUACUCCGGUCAGCGGUGGAGACCUACCGACGAUCAGGUCAGAAUGAUGACCAAUAUUUACAAUCAUGGGGUCACACAUCCCAGCCGAGCGCAAGUCGUCGAGAUCGCGUCUCGACUAAGGGUUUUCGCUGAUGUCACUGAAUACAAUGUGCACUGCUGGUUUAACAACCACGGCAAUCGAGUCAGACGCUGGCAAGCGGAGAUAGACCCCACUGGCACUCAGUUUUCACAACUGCCGCUAUAUAUGUAUGAAUACGACUGGGUGAUCAUGAGGGCGCCGAGGCUGCUGAACUUGUUCCCCGUUCCGAUCAUCAUUGACGACGACAGGGACACACGACAAAUCGCUCCACCCAUGCUUCUCACAUUCCGGACUAGAGCUCCCUCGACGGAGCUCUCCCUCAGACCACCGCAACCAGCUCGGGAAUUUUUUCGCUGAAAUGUUGUUUUUUUUUUUAUUUUCAUAUAUUAUGGUCUGUAACUUAACGAUCACCCGUGAUCGAACCACGAACAUUGUUUAUUUGCUUUUGUUUAUUUUCCUUGCUUUUUUUGC